AUGAUGAUGGCUACAAAAUAUCUUCAACUUGUUUUCUUACUUGUUUGUUGUUUCACCAUCAUCACAAUUGAAUGUGCAAACGUAACACAAGACCCAAAUAAAUAUAGUGUCGAAAAAACAAUAGUUCAUAGUGCCGUGUCAAAAGGAGCAGUGUGCUUGGAUGGAUCACCUCCAGCAUACUAUUUCGAACCAGGAUUUGGAGAUGGAGCUGAAAACUGGAUUGUCCAUCUAUCUGGAGGAGCAUGGUGUAUAAACGUCACAGACUGCAAAAGCCGUACGGACGGACCAAAUGGAUCAUCAAAAAAGAUGGGUCCACUAAACUUUCAAGGAAUUCACAGCAAGAAUCAGAGUCAAAAUCCAGAUUUUUAUAAUUGGAACAAAGUAGUUGUUGCAUACUGCGAUGGUGGAUCGUUCGUAGGAGAUGCUGAAUACAUUGAUCCUAAGACCAAUCUUCAGUUUAGAGGGCAAAAGAUUUUUUAUGCAGUACUUGAGGAGCUGUUAGGAAAAGGAUUAAAGAAUGCCAAAAAUGCUAUCUUGGCUGGUAGUUCUGCAGGAGGAUAUCCAGCAAUAUUAUAUUGCGAUUACUUCCGCGAUUCAUUGCCAAUUAAUUCUAGAGUGAAAUGUUUGGUUGAUUCUGGCUAUUUUGUUCACUACAAGAAUCCUGAGCUCGAAAGAUAUUGGGCAUGGAGAUAUGGAGGAGUCGCCGCUUUACAAGGAGUUGCCCAAACCUUACCAAAAUCAUGCACUUCAAAAAUGAAACCAGAAUUGUGCCUCUACGCAGAGAACAUUCAAGAAUAUACUAAGACACCGUUUUUUCUUUACAUGUCAGCAUAUGAUAAUAUAGAGACACAAUAUACUUUAGGAAACGAGAAAUAUAAGAUCGUUAAUGAGGGGCUAGGCUCAGCAAGUUUCAAUGCCACCCUGCUAGAAAUGAGGUCGGAUUUCUUAAAAGCAAUACCCAAAGGUGACCCUAAACAUAGAGGAGUUUUUAUAGACGCAGUUCAUCAUCAUACUAGCCUUAUGAAUAGGUGGACUUUUGAACUGGCCAUUCAAAUUCAUAAUGUGUCCGCCCCAAAAGCAUUUGCUGAUUGGUACUUUGAUCGGAAAUACACCUAUUUGAUAGAUGAAACUCAUACCAUGCCAAUCGAAAAUGUGGUCCCAAACGUAACUUCUAGUAUAUCUAUUCCAAGAAAACUUAUGUAAAACUUUGAUUGUUGACAGUCAAAUCCUCUAAUUUAUAUGUAAACAGUUUCCCAUAUAUAUCAAAUCCUGU